UCGAUAUUUUUUUUCAUCAACUGUUGAGGGCAAGUAAUCUCAAAUAUAUAGUUAUAUGGAAGUUUGGGGAGCAAAAACUGUUUCAGUAUUAUCAUGCAGUCUAUAAAAUAAGAGCGUAAUUAUAUAUUAUGGUAAAUUUGUAUUUUGUUUUACCAAACACGGUUGCACCUCACCUACAAAUUAAAAACACAGUUGCACCUGCCUUUUAUGCGUGCUUUUGGCCAAGCAUAAUCAUCAACCUGCCUAUGAUGCAAUGUAUAGAAAAAAAAAUCAUUUCUUGUUCAUUCGUGUCUAUCCCUCUUCUGUCAGCAUAAAAAAAUUAUCACACUUAACACAUUUGUUUACUUAUGUACCACAUGUAGGUGACACGACUAAAAUGUGGAGGAUUUGUGGUUGGGUUUCAUAUGUGCCAUAACAUAAGCGAUGGCUUUGGCAUGUUAAAUUUCAUCAGAGCUAUAGCUGACAUCGCACGGGGGGAGGCAUUACCGACCAUAUUUCCUUUGUGGAAUAGGGAGCUCUUUACUAUGUUUUUCCCACCCCGUAUCUCACACGUGCAUUUAGCAUAUGAGGCACUACGUGAUGGUAAUCUCGGCAAUGAUAUAAUGCAAUCCACACCACCUGGUGCUAUGGUAGGCCAAUACUUUCUUUUUGGCCCAACAGAGAUAUCUGCCAUGAGAAGCCAUCUCUCUGCACACCUUAGACAGUCCAGUACCAUAUUCGAACUAAUAUCUGGAGCAAUAUGGAAAUGCCGCACAGCUGCAUUGGAUUAUUCUCCUGGACAACUUGUGCGUUUCAUGUUCACUUUAAAUUCUCGUGGCAAGUGGAAACGCAACCCACCAGUCCCUCAAGGUUACUAUGGUUGUGGUCUCGUCCUUCCUGUUGCAGAAACAUUGGUUGCUGACUUGUGCGGAAAUCCUCUUGAGUAUGCAGUUCAGCUCGUGCGCAAGGCUAAGUUUAAUGUGACUGAUGAGUACAUCAAAUCAACCGUGGACAUGAUAGCUUCCCGUAAGUGGCCAUCGCUUGUUGUAGAUCGAACAUAUGUUGUGUCUGAUAUAACAACCAUUGGAGAGGACAAGAUAGACUUUGGGUGGGGGAAGCGAGUUGGGGGUGGCAUACCAAUGGCAGGAGACAUCAUGUCCAAGCUAUUAAGCUAUUUUAUGAAGUGCAAGAAUGCUGAUGGUGAAGAUUGUGUUGUGGUGCCGAUGUACUUGCCAAGCAUAAUAAUGGAUAGGUUUGCAACGGAGAUCUCGGUUUGGUCAAGGAAACAAGGAAACAAAUUCAUCGUGAAUGCAUUUAAUUAGGCGACUUUAAAAUACUACCUCUGUUCCAAGAUACAGUUGUUUCUUACAAAGAAUAAGCAACAGGGCAUUCUGUCUUGAUUGAUAGCUAGAAAUAACUAUAUUUCGGGAUAUAGGGAGUAGCAAAUAAUGGUACAAGGUUAUUUGAAAUAAUAAUUAAUUACUCCUUCUUUUUAAUAUAUAACGCCGUUAACUUUUUGACCAUUCAUCUUAUUCAAAUAAUCUAUAUAACUAUUACUUAUUUUAUUGUGGUUUGAUUUAUCGUUAAAUAUUAUCAAGCAUGACUUCAAUUUUUCUAUAUUUACAAAAAAAUUUGAACAAGACGAAUGGUCAAAUAUUUAUCAAAAUUAACGGCGACAUAUACUUAAAAAAAAGGAGGUAGUAUAUGUAUGGGGUACAUGUUGAAUGUACGCAUGGUUUGUGCAUUUGUAAUCGUUAUAAAGUAAGGGGAUGAUCCAUCUCCCGUCAUCGUUUUUGUUA